AUCAAUUCUAUUCCGCUUUUUUUGAUUGGUUCUAAGUUUUUCUUUCUACUGAAUAGUAGGCUUCUAGUGAAUUUACGCAAAAUUUAAAUUUCAUACACUGUGUCCAUAAAAAUUACUACCUUCUCUAAAUUAUAGAAAAAAUCACUCCAACCAAUUUAGUCAGUGAUUAUCUAACCUACAUACUAGCAUACUAGAGCUAAUCACAACAACAAAGUACCUAUAUUAAUAUCUAUAGAACUUUCGAUUCACUCCGCAAUCGUCUCACUUUCUAUUUGCCCCGUUCAUCAUUUCCCAUUCGUUAUUGUCUACGCCAGCUGGUUUCUUUUACAACUUGUUAUUGUUUCCGUCUUUGCUUUCGUUUCUUUUUUGUGCUCAGCUGUGCUCAGUUUUUGAGAAACUCUUCAAAGUGGCGUUUGAUUUUUCAGACAUGUUGAAAUUUUUGAUAACUUUUGGUGCGGGUAUAUAUACCGGAAUAUACAUAAGUCAAAAUUAUGAGGUUCCUCGUGUUGAUGAGCCUGGCAAGCUGGUGGAUAAAAUAAAAGAAUUUGCCGACGAACACCGAAAAAACUCUUUCGCCCAUAAAAAUACGCAAAAUGUGCCCAGAUAAAAAGUCCAAAAUACCCUGAUAGCAAAUUCAAACUUUAGAACUCAAAUUAACAACAAUCAAUCACACAACUUGCCAAUUUUAUGGGUCUUCAAAACUAAAAUUGGUAUGCAAGCAAUAAUCUAUUAAAGCAGAAGAACUUACAAGGGGAAUCAAAUUGUUUAUAUUUUCAACAAGAAAGUUUAUUUAGUGCAGCAUCAUUGAAAUUUAGGUUCGGAAUGAUCUGUUACACAUACAUACAUACAUUUACUAUUAUGAACUUCAAUGAUAUGGUAAAAAUAAAUAUUUCACGUUUCUAACUUUAA